AUGACACUCGGAUUUCAUCUCCUCGCCUAUUCACUCUCCAUCCGCUCGCCCGACAAUUUUCAGCCAACUUAUCCACCUGUAAUUAGUGUUACACUCACCGAGCGGAGCGCAUCCGGUAGCAUCGCACACGUAUCGCGCGAGGAAAAGGGCACAGUCGAAAACACCCUUAGCGCGGCGGGAUCGUUAAAGGUGGGUUUUCAUCAAUUUUUCAUUAAGACACCGGUGAAAACACGCCCGGGAACGUUCAGGCGGGCGGGGCGUGACAACGGACGUCCGUCGCGCACGAGCUCACAGCACAAACUAGGGAAUAAGGAGCUGCUAACCCGAACGCAGCUGGACAGUGACGGGGCGCGUGCGAGCGGGACGGAAGAGGGCACGAUGAGCAGGAAAGAUGUUUAUUGUGGACUCCAUGUAAUAGGA